UUUGCCUAACCUUGGGCCUUGUUGGAAUUCGCCUUGUGGAUUCCAAAUGCUGCAAGACACAUGAUAAUAAAGUAGGCAAAUGCCUGCAUCGUUGGAACUGGCCGGCUGUUAAAACUAUUGAAAAUAAAAUUAAUGGGAAAAUUGACCUAGCCGACCAAGAGGAAACACUGAAUAAAUCAAUUUCUUCUUGCCAAGAAGUAAGUAAAUCGACAAGAUUGACUUUCAGAUUCUAAGACUAAGAUCCACGCCCCUUUAGCGUGACACUUUUUGCUAUGAAGCACCUCUGAAUUCUGUGGGGGUAACCUUGCUUAAGAAUUACGAUGAUAUGUGCGGCACUUUCGAACAAAUUAGAAAAGUCCACUACAUGAAACUUGAAGAUGUUACCCCGAAAUCGCGACCUUGGUUGGCCAUACUCGUGUUAAAACGUCGGCCCGAAAUGAUCAGGGCAUUGUAUCCAUGUGGCGGCACGCUGAUUACUUCUACAUUUGUUUUGACGGCUGCGCACUGUAUGCAUGAGGACCUAGAAUUUGUCCGUUUCGGAGAGUAUGACGUUAAUAAUAACCAAGAUCGCUUGGUCACCCCCCAAGACCCAAUGGGCACUCUCAUGGAGAAUCCCCAAAAUGUUCCGAUCUUAAAAUUUAUCGCCCACGAGAAAUACGUAAAAGAUAGUUCAAAGAAUGACAUUGCAUUGAUCAGCCUAAGGUACCCCGUGCGGUUCAACAACUUUAUUCGACCCAUAUGCCUGCCGAUAUUUCCAGACGGCCAAGUGUGGAGUCAGACCGAGAAAUACUUGGAGGCCGGAAUAAUGACCGAAAGGCAUUAUGAUUGCGAAAAGACCCCGGUGAAGGUGUACACUGAUGUAUCGGAGUAUAUGGGUUGGAUAACCAACAAACUUGCGAUUGAAGAUUAA